AUGAAGCCGUCAGCGGACCUGUCGCCGUCCUCGGCCGCCAUGUGUAAGCGCGAGGGGGGGCACGGCGGCGACGCGUCGCGGCUGACGGAGAGCGAGAAGGAGAAGACGAAGCUGCGCGAGCGGCAGCGGCGCGCCAUAACCACGAAGAUCUUUGCCGGCCUGCGCAAGUACGGCGGAUACAACCUUCCGCCGAGGGCGGAUAUCAACGACGUUCUGCGAGCGCUCGCCGCGGAAGCCGGCUGGGUCGUCGAGUCCGACGGAACCACCUACCGCUCCCCCGUACGAGCCGCGCUCUCUUUUUCCUUCCGCCUCCGCUUGCCACACCGUUUUGCACCCGGCGUUCCGCGUACUUCCGCGGCGCUUUACAUAGCAGCAUCCCCCCAAUGGUUGUUUCUUAACGGCAGCUUUCAUGCCCGUCUCUCGCGCGCUUUCAUGCCCCUUUUCUCGCCCCUCGGCUUCGCACGUGCAGCCGUUCCUGGCUCCUCCAUCGCUAUCCUUCCCCAGCCAUUUGUUACUCAGGCGCUUGCCUGGUCGCGUCGUGUUGACCCGCUCGUGUUACCAAUGUCUCUUUACCUACUAUCGUUCCCUUCUUUACCCUCUAAUCUUCCGUUUUUCCCCCUACUCAUGCCCCUGCUCUCUUUCUCCCGUGGCCAGGGGUCGCAGCCGCCCACUCGCCACUCGUCGCUGCACAGUCGCACGGCGGCUGCCAUCGCCGCCGGCUCGCUCGCCAUGUACCCGACACAGCAGGCGACGCAGCUGGCGCCGCAGCUGGCGCCGCAAUCGCCUGCGCAGCUGGCGCAUCUGCAACAUCCUGCCGCGCACCUAACUCAUUCCGCGCACCCGCACGCGCUUCCCCAGCUCGCCGCAACGCCGUCAGGCGGAACCGCAUCUGUUUCGCCCAUGUCUCCGCGGGAGGCUUGCGCGUCCGCUCCGCUCGUCGGCUCUCCGCCCUCCACCGGCAGCCCCUCGCUGCUCCCCCGCUCCUCCCCGCCUUCCGUUCCCGCAUCCGCUGCAGCUUCCGCCAGCGGCGCGGUGGGGGGAACCGGCGGAGGCAUGGCGGGCGUGGGGCUGGGUGGCGGAGGCAUGUACGGCGGCGGCAUGAUGGCGGGAAUGAACGGGUUCGGCCUCCCCGGGUCGUUCCCCGCGAUGCACCUUCCGCACGGCAUGCUUGCGCUGAUGCCGCAUCCGCCAGGCACUUCCUCCGCCGCUGCGGCUGGCGGAAUGGGCGCGUUUGCGAUGAGCAUGGGGCCGGGCGGAAUGAGCGCGGGCAUGGGCGCGGGCAUGGGCGCAGGCUUGAGCGCAAGCAUGGGCGGGGGCACAGCGAUGAGCGCGGGUGUGGACAUGAAGAUGGAUCCGCACGGGGGGGGAAUGCUGCUGGCGGGAACGACGGGCGGAAGCAGCGCGUGCAUGAUGGGGAUGUUGGGGAGCGGGGGUGACCCCAUGUCCGCCGCCGCCGCGGCAGCCGCGGCUGCCUCAAGUGGGGGUGGAGUGGGCGGUGGUAUGGCCGGCGUUGUGGGCGGCGGAAUGGGCGGGGCAAUGAUGCUUCUCCCCGGAUUCCAUUCCCUACCCCAUGGCGCGGGCUCGGCUGCUGCAGGGGGAAACAUGGGCGGGAUAAUGGGGCCCCUGGGGGAGCUACACAUGGGCGGAGGAUUGCUGGGCGGAGGGGGCGGGGGCAGCACUUUGCUCGGGGCGGAAGGAGAGCCCAAGAUUCUUCUCUUGACAGCGAUUGUGCUGGAAGGAGUGGGUGGCAUUCUAUUUACGAUUGGAAGCAGCUUGGGUGCAUACUUCCUGCUGCUCUUCCUCGUGGCAGUGACGCCCAUCAUGCAUGACUUCUACAACUUCAAGCCUGAAAGUGCGGAAUACAUCCACGAGUUCAUCCAGUUCCUUAAGAAUCUUUCUCUGGUGGGAGCCCUACUCGUUUAUCUCGGAAUGCGCAGCUCGGCAGCCAAGCUCGCAUCCAGGAAGCGGAAAGCCCCUUCCAAGUCUAAAGUCAGCUGA